CCGGUUUUGCCUGACCAGACUGUGCAAGACUCUACCCUUGAAAGUCACGGCCACACACACACACACACACACACACACACACACACACACACACACACACACACACACACACUCACACUGACUCAUUUCUCCCUAGUCACUCCCCAACAAGCAUUCAUUGACCCUCUCCCCUCAUUCAUCACUGUAACAGACUCCAAUUUAUUCACAAGUUAAUUUUCAGACUCUUUCUUUGGCCUUCUUUCCUUGUCUUUUUCUCAAACUCUCCCUCUCUCUCUCCCUCACACUCUCCCCGUCUCUUACUCUCCCCCUAGCAUUCAUUCAUCCCUUAUACUCUUAUUCAUCAUCUCUCCUAUAGUUUAUUUCCAUAUCAGACAUUUCUUUUUCUUUCAUCCCUCACUUUCCUUCUAUGUCCCUUUCUUCUCACUAUUCCACCCCUCAAGCCCUCAUUCUUCUUUAGUCAUCCCUACGCCUUCACUCCAUUUUCCUCCUUUUAUUACUUUAUCAGACAUUUGCCAGUCUUUUAUCAGUCCUAUGUAGCCUGUUCUGUUCCCUGUAAUGACUUUCCUAACUAGACACGCCUUCUCCUAAUCCUUAUCCAUGGUUCUCUUCACUCUCCUUCCCAUUCGUUAUCCUAUCAAGACAUUUAACAGUUUCAAGAUUCCUCAAGGUUCUUCAAGCUGGACUCGCCCUAUUAAUUGCACAGAUUGUUGAUAUGCUUAUUAGUGAGUGUCGGUCAUAUUAUUGUGUCGAUUCCGCGGCCUUCAGUACCUCCACCUAGAGAGUGAUCCACCCUCCUCGGCAUUGUUCAACCUCUCCCUGUCCUUCCCCAUUGUGUUGGCUUACCCUAGACAUAUACAACCCCUCCCAUCCUCUUCCUUAAGGGACGGGUAUCGGAUUUUUGAGUGAAAAAUCAACCAAUAUAUAAAAUGGACUUACACUAGCAAUGAGGAAUCGAGUGUACUUUUGGAUACUGAAGUGUAGUAAGCUUCAAGGCGAUGCAUGAAAACUUGCCUUUAAAUACCGUAACGUUGACUGCCUAAAACUUCAAUAGAUUAUAUCAUUUGACAAUAAAAAAAAUCAGUGAACAGAUUAACCCAAAACAAGUGUCCCUCUCCUGUCCCAAGUAUCCCAAGUUCACCAUCACUCGUAGCCCCCUCCCUCCCAGCCCCUGACACACGCCCAAGUCCCUCCUCUCGUGGUGGUGCUCCGCCUUCACACUGGUAACCACACCCUUCCCCUUGCCUAAAACUCACUUCUGUCCCUUCACCCAUUGCAGCCCCCUCCCAGCCAGUCUAUCAGGUUCACCCAACUUUCCUCACCCUAACACACCUCCCUGUCCUUCUGCAAGUAUCAUAAAUCUCCCUUCACCCAUUGCAGCCCCUUCCCAGCCAGUCUAUCAGGUUCACCCAACUUUCCUCACCCUAACACACCUCCCUGUUUUCCCCAAGUGCCUCAUUUCACCUUCGCCUAAUGUAGCCUCUCCUCACCCCUUCCUUCACCCUCACCCAUCAUUCCUCACCCUAACACGCUUCCUUGUCCUUCCCUAAGUGUCAACCCUCUCUUUAUGCAACCCCUUCCUUUCCCUCCUCCUUCCCUUCCUCGCGCUCGUCCCCUCCAAAGAGUGAGUGUGAGGUUCGGCGGCGUGUGAGUACUUUUGGUGCGGGGCUGCGGCGGCGGCGGCUGUGGUGGUGCCAGGCGGUGAGCGCGGAGCCAGGUCCCGUCAACCCGCCAGGCGCCAGUCCCCCGCCCGCCCCGACGCUGACAGCAACUCUCGCCGCCACUCGUGUUUGUUUACCCGGCCAGUGAGCUGUUUGGCGCCCCCCGUGUCCACCCCGCAGUGAUCUUACCCCGUGCCCCGUGUCUGCCCCGCCCCGUGUCGCACCCAACAUGAUCCCCGGGCAGCCCCACAGCCCCCCGGCCCGUGCCCCGCGCUGACAUGCAGGACAUAGGCCGCUACACGCUCCCCACGGACAUGGCCCCCGGUGGCCCCGUCAAACUGAGGGUCCUGCAUACCCCGCCCCCCCCGCCCGCUCCCCCGCCCGCCGCCACCCUCCCGCGGACACACCUCCGGGAGCGCCGCAUGGGCAGGAUCCUCUCGGGGCUCACGGAUGCCCUGCCCCUGCCCCUGCCCCUCCUCCUGCCCUCCCCUUCCCCUUCCAGACCCUCCACCCCCACCACACCCAGCACCCCAACCCGCCCUCCAUCAGCCCCUACCACUCCUGCACUAUCAUCUCCAUCCACCUCCUCCUCUUUUUCUCCCUCUUCCACCUCCUCCUCCUCUUCUCCCUAUUCCACCUCCUCCUCCUCUUCUUUGUCCCGCCCCCCCUCCACAGCUUCCACACCCACACGCACCCACACCUCUCUCUCAUCCACCCGCUCCUUCACCCCCCUCAGCAUCUUCACCCUCUUCUCCAGGACACCCCCCUCUCACCCCCCAUCUACACCCACGUCCCCCACGCAGCCCCCACUCACACCCACACGCCGCCCGUCCAUACCCACGAUACCCACGCAUCCACCUCUGACAUCCACAAAGACCCAGGGCACUCAGAAAACACCGCCCGUACCCACACCCACAUCCACACCCACGGAGAGCCCACCCACACCCACACAAAAGUCAUCCACACCAUCUACACCCACUCAAACCACACCCACACGCACAGAAAAACCAUCCACUUCCACACCCACAUCUACACCCUUACCCUCAUCCACCUCCUCCUCAUCCACCUCCACCUCCCCUCCACGACCCACCACCUUAGCCCUGCCCUCUCCUAUCACCACUACCCUCACCUCCACCUCCAAUACCACCUCCACCUCCACCACCUCCACCCCCGGGCCGAAUGAAGCCUCCCCACCGGUUGACUCUUCGGCUAAUGUGUUGCUUGAACGUCUUCAGGCCACAGAUCGAUACCCGUGGCUGUCUGUAAGUUGUUGUGGAGUGUUUGUUUGUUGUGGUUGAGUUUGUUAAAGAAUGUAUUGAGGUUGUUGGUGUUGUUUUGGGUGAUGAUUGGUGUUAUAGAGUAUGGCUUUUUUUUAGGGGGGACUUGAUUUGGUUUUCGUUGUUGUGUUAUUGUUGUUUUCAUGUUCUUUUUUUCUGUUUUUUUUUAGCUUGUUUUUUUUCGUUCUUGUUCGUGUUCUUUUUCUAGUUCUUCUUCUUCUUCUUCUUCUUUAUAUUCUCCCUCAUAACGUUUUCUCUUCCUCUUCUUUAUUAUCAACCCCUUAUUCAUCAUCCUUCCUCCUCCUCCUCCUCCUCCUCCUAAUAGUGUCUUUAGCAGAGGGAAGACUUUUAAAGCAGGUAAUCUCAUCAUACGCUAAUUGGCAUUCACUUACCUGGUACUACUACUGCAACACCUGUCUUCCUCCUCCUCCUCC